AUGGGAAUUUUAAUUUCUCUUGGAUCAAAUUCCGUGCGAAGCACGACGGAGGUUUCAUGCCAAGUUAGCCAUUAUGCCCAGCUGGCCUUCCUUGAUGUCCUGGUCGGCCGCGAAGAUUGGAGUGACCCAAAGACCAAAGUGUUCAGUAAAGCGACAAACACGAUGCAAAUACUGAACUUCAACACCAACCACCCAAUCCGUCACAAAAUCAGUUGCGUAAGGACGCUUUAUCGGCGUGGUGAGAAGCACUGCAGUGAACCAGAAGACAAAGUUGCCGAAAACAGUACCUUUGACAACUUCGUCAACCGGUGCAUGCUCAAACGAGGGGAUGCCGCAUCACUCGAAAAAGCGGAAGUAGCAAAGCGUAAUCUGCGUCAAGAAGAAGCUAGACUAAAACAGUCUACGGACGCUUUCAUGCAAGUUGAGCCCCAGCGAAUCGCCAUGUUGCAGAACGCGGCAGAAAUAGAAUGUGAAUAUUACAGAAAAGCAGCAGAGGCAUUCCAGGAACUGCAGACCGCACUAACUCAAAUAAAAGAACUUGCCCUCUCCAACCCCGAGGUUUCACAUGGCACUGAGGAUUAUAUACAUACACCACGGCAGGAAUUCGCCUACAGUACUGUUAUUGAGAGUAAGUUCUGUUAG